UAAAUAACAUCCAUGUGUUUGUACAUUUCCAGAUGUGUAAUUUGUCAGCACAACGGGAGGCUAAUUUCCGAGAAAGCUGAGAGGUACCAAAUGGAUGAAGAAACAGACCGCGGGAUUCUGACACUGAUUCUGAUGAUGGCUCAAAUCUGUCUUUCUAUGAAGAAAGUGAAGGCGAGUGGAAGACGAUCCGUGGGAAGUUUCUGGCGAUAAACGCUGCCAGCAUGAGCUGUGCGUGUCCUCGCAGCCCCAAAGGACUCUCUCCUGCCGCUCACCUGGCCGACGGCACCACCGACCUCAUCCUGGUGCGGAAAUGUUCCCGCUUCGACUUCCUCAGACACCUCCUACGACACACCAGCAAAGACGACCAGUUUGACCUGAACUUUGUUGAGGUCCACCGGGUACGGCGUUUCUGCUUCACCCCCCGUCACUGCCAGAGCGACUCGGACCUGGACCUGCGGGAGAACGGGAAGCACCAGAUCUUCGGCCAGAUCUGCAGAAACCACCCGGCCUGCGGCUGUGCGCCGGCCUACAGCAGCUGGAACUGCGACGGCGAAAUCCUGACACAUACGGCCAUCGAUGUCAGAGUGCACAGCAACUUGAUCAAGCUGUUUGCACGAGGGAUCGAGGAGCCGACUGUGUUUGACGAUCUGACCAACCCUUGUGCAAUAUGAGCCCCGUCAGCACCUGUCAGACACUGGACUCCACUUCCUGUUUCCAGCCCUCGUAUCAUGUGACACUUCAGGAUUCAACGACUCAGCAAAGAGUUGGUCUGUUACUCAACAAAAAAAGAAAUGAGGGAAGGAGAAACGUUACUUUCUGAAAGGUCAAAGAUUCCUCACAGACAGGAAGUGAAGUGUAGUUUCCUUGAAAUGCCAAGACCAGCUUUGAAUAUUUUCUCUGAACGCUAGCAGCUGAUUUAGAGUAAGGUUGAAUGGCUGCCGGGUGUCUGGCCCCUGGUUUAUUUUCAGUCCUGCCUUGUUAUGAUAUAUUUUCAUAGUAAUCCUCUGAUUGUGACUUAGUUUUGUUACCCUAAGUGUUUCUCUGUUUGACUUCAGAGCGGGCUAAAAUACCUCCGACUUCUUUUGGGCCACAUGAACUUAAACUCAUCCUUACUUUGAGCGUUUUGACUCUGACUCGUCUAACUGUGGUGGUCUUUAAGGCUGCAACUAAAUAAUAAUUUUCAUUAUCCAUUAUUCUGCUGGUUAUUUUUUAGAUUUGUUGAUUGAUCACUCAGAACAUUUGUGAAAAAUGCCUUUGCAGUUUCUCAAAAAGUCUUCAAUGUCUCGUAUUGUCAGUAAACAACCCAAAGAUAUUCACUACAACCUAAAACAGAGGAAAAACUCAAUUUUUAAGUGGCCGGAAAUGGCAUUUUCUGACAUUUUCACACUAAGAAAUGACCUUCUUAUUUAUAAAUUGACUUUUCUUAAUUGUCUGAGUCAACUCAUUUUUGAUUUUGGCUUUGACUUUUACAAAACUGCUGACAGUUAGACACUUCAUAUAGACUUAAGUUGCUUAUUAUUGUUGUUUUUCUUUUGUUUUGUUUGUGGCCCCCUCUGAAUCUCCUCUUUUACUACCCUAAAUACUGUAAGACUGCAAACUGACACUCCUUAGACUCAAAGACUCUUGACUUAUAUCUAUAUUUAAUCAAAUCAAACUAUUGAAAUCUGAUAGAGAGGUGUUUUUUUCUAUUAUCCCAGAGUUUUUUUAUUGAGCUUAUUUGAAGUCGUUUUCAGAAAUAUAUUCGCUUUUUUUGCACAUUUACAUUUAAUUUAAAGUGAUCCUGGAUUUGGAAAUAUCUGUUACAUGUUUUACGGAAGCCAGACACCCGCCGGUCAUGUGAUCAUUCGGGGUCGGAGGUUGAUUCACAUUCUUGAAAAGUAGAAUGUAAAUCCCCUUCACACGGUCAGUACGUGUGGGGGUAAAAAAUGCUGAGAGGAGAUUUAGUCUCAGUUAUGAGAAGAUAACUUCCACGUCAUGCUUCUCGAACAGAGCCAAUAGAUUUUCCUCCAGUCCGAACCUGAACUCAAUCGUACUAUGAAAUGGUAUUUUUGCAUACUUAAACUCCCAGCAAUUUAGAAACCCUGAUUUAGUCAACCUGGUCGUGGCUGAGAAAGCUGAACAGUGCACUUGAGUGUUUUCAAUCUUCCAUUUCUGCUCGAUAUGCAAUGAAGCGUAGUAAACACAGGAAAGAACUGCUUUAACAAUAUUUCACUCAAACUGUCUUCAAGUCAGCUGGACAUGUAGCUUCAAUCUAUUCUCGGUGCAACAUUAUGUUUUAAACGUACUCUGUCAGGUUUUUUUUGUUUUGUAAAACCUCAAGUUAGUCAUCUGAAUGUUCCACAAAAAUCCCUUAGCUACGGUGGCCGAUAAGUGCCAACACGCUUAAACGGUCAUAUACCAAUCCAUCGGGAGAAACAUGUUGCAGUUUAUAAAACGAUGCAAUUCAAAAAAUCACCACUGUGCCCAAACACCUGCCAUUGAAGAACAUCCUCUCCAACUUUACAACACAACAGUGAGUUGGCAUACUUUCAAAUCCCAGAAUGUGAGCUAGCAGACCGCUUUGUUUCGGACUGGUCUCUAUUUUGAAAUGUUUAUCCACAAAUUUCCCCUUCAUUGAAUCGCGCUGGGAAAAAUGCUAAUUUUUUUUCACCCAAAGAUCGUAAUAAUUAAUGUUAUUGCAUUAGUGGAAGAUUCAGAAUAUUGAUUUAAGGUUUUGUGAUUUCUGGUUUUGUUGAAGAAAGAUAAUUGUAAAGUCCAGUGUUGAUAUUCCACCAUCUGCUCACGAAAAACCUGAUCAAAGAAUGUUUCGUUUUUUGAUUAGACGUUAACAGCAGACGGCUCUUAGCAUGUUGUAGCCUGAUGUUGGCUGCCUCUGUAGGGUUAGGACAUGUUUUAGGAAAUACAGUCAAAAUCUACUUAUAUUAUUCAUUAUGAAGUUGCAUUUUCUUCCCAAUAAGCCUCAGGACCGUCAUGUCCCUUUCGUCCACACAGAUCAUCAUAAAAAGAAAUGUUCUCAUUCCUGCUUUCAAGAGGAUGAUCCCUUUUUAGAUUUGUAUGAUCCCAUGACCUUUCCUUAAGCCCCACCCUGAGGACAGAUGGUCCAUUUCAGACCUUUUUGGACAAAAACGUUAUGCCAAAAUGCCAAUAUGUUAUUGUCACCAGCUAUGUUUACCUUUUUAGAAGGGCAAAUCAUACCAGCAUACUUUCAUGUUUGAAUACAUAGAGGUUGGCCAUUUAUAGCUGCACUAAAAGCUCUAAAUCACCAGGAUGUUGUUAAUAAAAGUUGCAACUUGGAGGGAGAGAAGAUUGUAAUUAAAAAAAUAGAAGAAAUCAAUUUAAAACUGACCGAGUUCAAGAUGGAUUAAAUGGAAACUAUUUAGACUUUGACUGGACAGAAAGUGGAGUAUCAGCACUGGACUGUCGGACUGUAGACGCUGUUCGUUUGUUUUUUGUGUUUCUUCUUGUGUUGUUGAUAAGCAAUCCUGUUUCCUCUCUGCUGACGUCGAGCCGGACUCAAACUGAUGGAGGAGGGAACCCGUAGCAGCAGCCAAUCAGCUCUCUCUCAAUCCUCACAUUCUGACCAAAUACCAGCCAGGGUUUAAACAUGUAGCUGUCUGUUCGUGACAAUCUCAGCUCAGCCUAGAGGUCUUCACAGGUCCAACACCUUGGAUCCAAUGAAAAAAGUAAACUACCAAAACCCUGCCUUCAUGCAUUCAUUCUCAAGCAACAACAGGCUGGAUUUAAAGGGGACCGUCAGAACUUAUCUGAUAAAACCUAGAGGAUUUUAAGAGGGCGUAACGAGAAUACAACAGGGCUCUGAUUAGACUGAUUACAAUGUUAGCGAGAACCGAGAGGACCUGUGAAGACCUUUAGCUGCGCCACCAUGUUGGUUUAUCUCCUAACGUUGUAUUGAUGUACAAUCAGUCUGAAUGUUUGCUGUAAAACCUCCAAACAACAAACCAAAUGUACAAACAGAGGUCGACUGAUGACAGAUAACUGAGGUGGAUUUUAAAAGGAGGAUACAAUUAUGUAUUAACAUUUAGCGGGCUGUUAUUAUAAAUUCAAUGUGUUUGUGCUUCAGUAUUAUAUAGUGCAAACCUAAAACUGACUGCAUGUUUUCUCUAAAUAUUUUGCAGGUAGCGACUGUAGCUGAUGAGCUAAGCGCUAACAUGCUACUUUGCCAGGAACAUGCCCGAGCCAGCUAUGAUAGCCACAUAGCUAGCUCAGAUGCUAACAGAUCUGCAAUGUCGCGUUACAAACCAUACUGACUGAAAACAAAGAACUGACAUGGAUAAGAAGAUCAAGUUAGUCUGUUGUUCCAGUGCAACGUUAGCAUGACGCAGCAAAACCUCUAGGAAGAGCAUCAGUCUCAAAGACAAUUGUUUUCUCCAAAUCUACUGGGCCCAGAGGAACAACCAAUCCAAAAGAAACCCCUAAACUGCCCUUUUAUACAAAUAUUUAGAAUUCAUGAGAUUUGUGUAAGCGCGGUUGAAAUGAAGGCUAGCACCAAUUGCAUGCAGUUGAGCCGUUUUGGAUUGAAUGCACCUGUUAGCUACUUUAUUUUAGUUGACACAUCUAAACUAUCGGCUCAGAUUUACACAUUGUGAAUGUUUUUAAAUGGAGAGACAUUACUAAAAAAAAUGACUUUAUAUCCCGCUUCCCAGAGGUAGCUCAGAGCUAAAGAUGUAAUGGAACAUUGCUAGAGUUUUCAGGUAUUUUGCCAUGUAGAAUUAAAGAUUAGCACUCCAAAAAACGAUUAUUUAGCAUUAAUUAAUCUUCAUAAUCUGUUUGAUUCGUUAUCUCUAAAAAUGUCAAAAUCAACUCUAAUGUACAUCUUUUAGUUCCCGUCGUUAAAGUGAUUACAAACUAUUGAAAUUAAAAGUUUUUCGCUUGGUGAAGCUUUAGUUUCUCCCAAUUUAAACCCCCUCUAAUUUACAGGUGAUGUUUCUUUUUUAAUCGACACUCUAGUUUAAUCUGACGCUGAAAACUAGUUUGGUCUAGUGAAUCAGUCGACCUCAAAAAGCUGUAAUCUGAGCUGUACCUGAUCUUUACCUUCUGCUGUAGCUGUUUCAAUUUUCAGGAAUAAAAAACAUAUUAAAUUA